AUGGAUUUAAUUAGACUCCAUGGUAGAAAAACUUUGUUAUAUUUUCUAAAGAGUGUGUAUGAAUCAUGCAAUGGGGAUAGCCUACCUUGCCAUAUAUUUGUGGAGCCAUCUAUUUCAUCACUCCUGAGUUUUACCAUAGAUACUGCAGAUUUAAAUGAUCUUGGAUUUAAAAAUAUACAUACACUGAGUAAUGGAUUGAACUUUACGGAUCUAAUAUAUUCAAUUAUUUGUGAUAUACCUUUUGAAUCUCAAAAUAAUGAUUCUAAAAUACAAACAAUAGUUUGCAUAUAUAUAUGUCGUCCAUCUUUUGAAUAUGUAAAGAUUUUAUCUAACUAUCUUAUAACAUUUCAAAAUUCCAUUCAACGUAUUCAUUUAAAUUUAACUAUUUCAAUUAGAAAUAUUAUAGGUUUUAUUCCAUCUUAUACAAUUUCAGCUCUUCAAAUGCUCCAUAAACUUAUUACACCAUAUCAUAUCAUACCAGAAUGCUAUUCCAUACACGUAUACUGGGUACCAAUAGAUGAAAAUACACUGUCUAUGGAGUAUAGAAAUAUUUUUGUUGAUUAUCACCUUUACAAAGAAGAGACGUCACUUCAAUUAGCUGCAAACAGCUUAUAUUGGUUGCUUAAUUAUACAAAUUCUUUAACAGCUCGUAUAUAUGCCAUAGGAUCUGCUGCUGCUUCUCUUUUAAAUUAUUUUUAUGAAGUUAAUGAAGCAAAAACAACAAUUAGAAAUGAUUAUAAACCAUUUACUUGGUCUAACUUAUUUGAUGUUUCGAAUGUUGACUCUACACAAAAAGUAGUCUUGCCAAAAAAAAAUGUUCUUGAGACUGCUAUUCCAAUAAAAUAUUCAUUUUGUACUAAAUCAGUAGUGCCUGUUACUAGCUAUGAAAGUGGAUAUAACAAUAAGCUGGAUGAAUGCCCAUUAAGUUUUGAUCAAGUAAUCAUAUUAGAUAGAAGAUGUGACAUGUAUACUCUUAUGGCAACUCCUUUUGCCUAUCAUGCACUUUUAGACUUCACAUUUGGUGUUCAAAAAACUUAUGUAGAAAUCCCUACAAAUAAGGUAGCUCAUGAAAAUAUUAGAUCGAAUUCAUGGAAAUUAGCUUUAGCUGGGGAUACUCUCUUUCCUUCUCUCAAAGAUCUGCGCUUAAAGGAAGUUGGAAUAUAUUUACACAAAAAAGCACAUGAAUUACAAUCUCUUUAUCAAGAAAAGGAUGGUCUAAGAGAUAUUGCAGAAAUAGGGGAAUUUGUGCGCAAACUAAAAGGAAAACAGAGUGAGCAAGGGACUCUAGCAAAUCAUGUAAAUGUUGCAACAUUCCUCAAUGAUUACUAUACAAAAAACUAUCUAUCAGUAAAACGUCUUGAACUUGAAGACUCAAUAAUGGCCAAUUCACUCAUUAAUUCUUCAGUUCCUGGUGUUGUAAGGGAUAUCAGUAAUCGCCUUGGUGAAGCUCUUUCAGUUGGGUCCCAAGUAGAAGGUCCUUUAGAAUCAUUGAUAGAUCAAAAGGGAAUUGAAAUAAAUGAGGUAUAUAGAAUUUUAUGUUUAGCAUGUUUAGUUGAAGGUGGUUUCAAAAACAAGAUGCAAUUUGAAAGAAUAAAAAAGCAAAUUAUUCGAGUUUUCGGUUUCCAAGAGCUGAGUCGACUCAACUUUUUGGCUACUCUAGGACUUUUAAAAUAUGAGGCAAAUAAAUUUUAUUCAUGGUCUAUAUUGAAAAAGAAUCUCCGAUUACUUAUGAAUGAGAAAGAGUCAGAAAACGAUAUUAGCUGUGUAUAUAGUGGUUAUGCACCAGCAAGUGUAAGGCUUGUUGAGCUAUUAUGUAGUGAGUCUAAUAAACCAGUAAGUGUAAUGGAAGAUAGUAUUAAGGAAAUUUUAGAUAAUAUAUGGGGGCCUUGUGUGGAAGUUAGAUGUAAUGAAGUUAAUUUUAAACCACAAUCAUGUCUUGUAAUUUUUGUUGGUGGUGUUACUCUUGGGGAAGUUACAUGUCUAAGAAAAUUACAAUUUCUUAUAGGGAAAGAGAUAUAUAUUGGAGCAACAGAAAUAUUUAAUCAUAAAAUAUUAUUUGAUUCUUUGAAAGCAUAUAGAACAUGUUGA